UACUGGGGAUGCCCUGGGAGGAUGCGCUGGCAUCUCUGGCUUCCAGAAAGUCUGCUGUGGUGUUCUGUGUGAAGCCUCGCAGGGCCGAGAGCACCAGGGAGGAAGCUGUGGGCAGGGUGUGCAGACCUGUGUCUACAGGGCAGGUGGAGAAAGGAGCCCUCUGCAUCCCCAGCUUGUGCAGCAUCUAUGCGGUCCUUUCAACUGCACUUUCUCGGUUGAGUCUCCCAGCACAUCUGGAGGUGGGGUAGGUAGCAGGAGCCUCACCUAAGAAAAACCAAGGCUCUGGGCAGCAUGGGAAACAAUCCUGAGUUGCUGGCCAGGGAGUGGGGCGGUAAAUGGGACAGGUGGGACUCAAGGCAGAUGGCCUGACUCCCAGGCCAGGGUUCUUUCUCCUCUCUCGGUUCCUUGGCCAAGGAGGAAAAGGAUCAAGCAGUUGAGCACUUAGAGAUUUGGGUUCCAAAAUACCUAAGCAAGUCCACAGUCGCUUUUGACCCAGGACUGCCGGUCUGUUCAUUUGUGAGUACUUACAGGCUUCAUAGAAUGCUCACCUUGAAACCUGCUCUUUUAGCUUGACUUGAUCUUUGGAAUCGGAUCAGCAGUAAAUGUCACCCUUGCCUUCAACACAGAAGGUGGUGGAUGUUGUACUUUAAUAUAUUGAAGUGUAUUAUACUUUGUUCUGUUCCCCGCCCACAAACACACACAGGCUGCCUUUAGUUAGGCUUUGCAGAUUUUGCAGAUUUUUUCCACCCCGAGACAGGAUGUCUUCCUUAUUUUUCCCAGUUGUAUAAUCAUCUAUUGGGUGGACGUCUUUGGUCCCACAGCGUGGUGGUCGCCUGGAACAUGGGUGGUUUUGUGCAUUUCCUAGCAGUCCUUUUGAGAGCCUUAAUCCUCGCGUCACUUCUGUGAAGCAGCCAUUGUUAUUAUCCUCACUUUACAGAUGAGGAAACUGAGGUUCUGGCAGGGUUGAGUGAUUUGCCAGACGUCACACCCAGGCAAGUGGAGUACAGAGGAAUUCCUUCCAUUGUGACACUGCCUCUCUGGGUCAGUUCCCAGAAGGGCCACUGUUAGGUCACAGGCCCUACAGGUAUGUUCUUUGAUUGAUGCUGCCACAGUGUCCUUGGCAGGUCUUUGGUGCACUUGCACUUAUGUUGUUAGCAGGAUGUGUGAGGGAGUGCGUGUGGCCCCAUUCCAUGCUCCAGUGGGUUUUAGCCAAUGCGGGCUGUGCCGUUCCGGCCAGCGGAAGAUGGCAUCCUGCAAGCAAGGGCUGAGCAGGAAGAAGAAUUCAUCAGUAACACUUUAUUCAAGAAAAUUCAGGCUUUGCAGAAGGAGAAAGAAACCCUGGCUGUAAAUUACGAGAAGGAAGAAGAGUUCCUCACUAAUGAGCUCUCCAGAAAAUUGAUGCAGUUGCAGCAUGAGAAAGCCGAACUGGAACAGCAUCUCGAGCAGGAGCAGGAGUUUCAGGUCAACAAACUGAUGAAGAAAAUUAAAAAACUGGAGAACGACACCAUUUCCAAGCAACUUACGUUAGAGCAGUUGAGACGGGAGAAGAUUGACCUUGAAAAUACCUUGGAACAAGAACAGGAAGCACUAGUGAAUCGUCUCUGGAAAAGGAUGGAUAAACUUGAAGCAGAGAAGCGAAUCCUGCAGGAGAAACUAGACCAGCCCGUCUCUGCACCCCCGUCGCCUAGAGAUAUCUCCAUGGAAAUUGAUUCUCCAGAAAACAUGAUGCGCCACAUCAGGUUUUUAAAGAACGAAGUGGAACGGCUCAAGAAGCAACUGAGAGCGGCCCAGCUUCAGCAUUCGGAGAAGAUGGCCCAGUACCUGGAGGAGGAGCGCCACAUGCGGGAGGAGAACUUGAGGCUGCAGAGGAAGCUGCAGAGGGAGAUGGAGAGAAGAGAAGCCCUGUGUCGCCAGCUGUCCGAGAGCGAGUCCAGCCUGGAGAUGGACGACGAAAGGUAUUUUAACGAGAUGUCUGCCCAAGGAUUAAGACCUCGCACUGUGUCCAGCCCAAUCCCUUACACUCCUUCUCCGAGUUCAAGCAGGCCCAUAUCACCCGGCCUGUCAUAUGCAAGUCACACAGUUGGCUUCACUCCACCGACGUCACUGACGAGAGCCGGAAUGUCUUACUACAACUCCCCAGGUCUUCACGUGCAGCACAUGGGGACAGCCCAUGGUAUCACAAGGCCUUCACCGCGGAGAAGCAACAGUCCUGACAAAUUCAAACGGCCCACGCCGCCUCCGUCUCCCAACACACAGACCCCAGUGCAGCCGCCGCCACCCCCGCCGCCGCCCCCCAUGCAGCCCUCGGUGCCCUCGGCAGUCAGCUCGCAGCCCGCCCCUUCGCAACAUUCGGUGCACCCCUCCUCCCAGCCUUAAUGCAUGUGCUUAGUCUGAAUUCCAAGUUGGGACUCGUCCAAUGGAGCCGUCUACUCAACGCCAAAGGCUUCCUUCCCUGGCAUAUUUGGAUCUGAUUUGCACUGAGGUUAUCUAGGCUUCACUGUCCAUUGUGUUGUGUCUGUCGGAAACGCAGCCAGUGUUGUGGGUCUACAACACUAAGCAGACGACUUUUUCCAGCAGUGUUUUACUUGAAUCUCCGUGUACGUCCAUUCCCUGGCUGGAACGUUGGCUAUUCGGUAUUGGGUAAUUCAGCAGCAGUGUGCAAUUUUUGCUUGGCCCCAGAGCUUCAGUUUUCCUGGCUUUUCGGUUUGUAAAAUAAAAAGGGAUAUCUUUUUUAUAUUUUUUUUUUCAUGAAUUUGCAGAAAAUUGCUGAGCUGUUAAUAUUCCCCUUCUCCCAUUGCAGUGGUGUUUAUCAAGCAAAACUGAUAAUUCAGCACUACAGUCAGACCUUUGAAAAUCUAGCUUUCAGCAGAGAAUGGAAAGUUAGAUGAAUCAGUGCCCAAAACACAAGUACUGUUUAAUAGAGCUUUCUACAGAUACACUUUUUACAGGUUAUUUUCAGUAAAAAUCAAUAUCCUUGUCUCUUGUAAAACAGAUAGCCUAAAGCGAUAACUCCCACAACUGUACCCAUCCACCAGAUGGAUAAUUAUCGUAUAUUAAGGUGUGACUCUGUCCUUUAUCCUCACUGUUAAUCUACCUGAACCAGCCCCCCGCCAGCGUGAGUCGAUAAAUGUUGUCCCAGCCACCAGUGGCUUCGAUUUCUGAUUAGAAUGUGCUGUUUGAUUUCGGCUGCAAAAGGCAACAUGAUUGUGACAGAAGCAAUGUCAUCUCCCCUUCGUUCUUUAUUUUGGUUCCCCUAAGAUAGAGUUUGAACAAAUAUUUUAAAGGUGCAACAUACUAUUAGACAAUACUCUUUGAAACGGACCUUGUAGGAGUAUCAUGGCGUCCUGACCACCAAAUGCUGUACUGCUUGGCGGAAGAGAAGCAUAGAGGAAAGUAGCACACUUAGCAUUGAUGACGGAUGAUUUCGCCCAGUGUAAGCGAGUACAGUGUACAAAGAAGUAUAUCCUGAGUACAUGAGUUCCAUUCAUUUAGCACAAAUAAAUCAUUUGGUUUCACUUUGAGGUGGAACACCGUGAGUCACUCUUUUCUUAAUACUCGCAACAUCUUUAUUUUUGUUUUUCGGAGGUUACCGUUUUGUACUUGGUAGUAAAGUGAUUUUUUACCACCUGUGUUUGCAUAUUUAUAUAUGCUGUGGAUGAAAAUAACUUACUCGAGAAUGUAUAUUUUAUGAUAAGAAUGUGUAUCUGUUGGAUAUAAUCAGAACUGAAAAUUAAUUUAUCAGUAAUUUUUAAGAGCUCAUGUUUUGUGACAACCAUCUCUAAUAGCUAACUCUUUAUUGAAUACACUCCUAAAAAUAAGGAACCAUGACAUAGUAGAUAUUUAACAUUGUACAGUAUAGAAGCCUUCGGUUUUGCCUUGAAAUGCAUAUUUAAGAGUUAACAGAAUGAAAAGUGUUCUUGGAUAAUAGUGUUUGACUAGCAUUGUAAGGACUCGAGAGGAAAAGCCACAAUGGGAUUUUUUUCACCUCUUUCUGCUGCUGCCCCCAAACUGAGAAUGUCAUCCUGGGUUUGAAGGAAAUUUUACAUCUAUAUAAAUUUUAUUUACAACAGGUAUGUGAUUUUCAUCAUCAUAGUACAGUUCUCAAACAUGGGGAGGAAGUCGGACAUGUAGUUAUUGAAGCUUUAGGUUUUUAAAACGAUCAAAUGGGGCCAUGCCACACCCAGGGAUCCCACCAGCAGCUCAGUUGUCGCUCCUGGUAGGUACAUUGUUGUUCCAGGGAAGUCGGAGACGAGGCGCACACGGAUCCACGGUACAGUUCUCGGUUUCUCUUCCAGGAGAACUGUGGUGCGUGUUUACAAGGCUCUUUUCUGAGAGUACAGAUUUCAGAGCUGUCGGAUAGUGUCUAGCAUCAGCUAACAGAAUCUGCAGUGUAAUGGUCUUCCCUUUGCUUUCUGUCGAUCUGGUUACCUCCCGAGAGCACGACAGGUAAAAUGUUGCUCUGUGGUGAAUGAGAAGGCACGUGGAGUGAGCACACGGUUCCUGCUAAAUGCCUUUCAGAGACAGAUUCUUAACAUGCAGACUUCCCGGAGAGGUGCCGCUGGCCUCCCUGGAGUCACCAUUUCUCUUUGGAAUAACACGCAGCUCCUUCAAACUGCACUUUUCGGCAUAAACCUAGUUGCCUGUCCCAGCAGACAUUCAGAACUGAUAGAACAAACACUACUGUGUUGAGUGUAUGAUGUUUCGUGUCAUUUUAAAGUGGAGCCUGUAACACUUGGGCAGUACCCGCUAGGACGACUUGUUGGCCGUUGUAUAGCCACCAGGGACGCGUGAUACUCCAAUCCUGAGCUUCUGGGAGCUGGCGUGGCUACUGCCGUUCUGUUGCCCUCUGGCCCAGGCUAGUCCUGGAAUGUUCCAGAUGGCCUUUGUAAAAUUAGUAGCCACCUGCACACGGGCAGGAGCGACAGCAGCUUCACUUCCUGUCUUGCUGGCAGAGACCCUUGGCCACCACUGUGCUGCUAAUAGAAUAAGUACUGCGUCGCCAGAUGACCACGCCUUUUCUACAAAGUCAAGUUAAUCACCUAAUACCUGGCACCUCUGGGCUCUGAACUGCUUGCUCCCAUCAAGCAUGCUGGCAUUCAAGACAGCGUUCUAGAAAUUUGGCAGAUGGUGGAAGUAUUUAAAGUUUAGUUUAACUUACUCCUUUCUUGAUCGAAAGGAGUCGUAGAUUCUGAGCUCCUGAGACACUGACUACCAACCAUGGAAUGAAUGUGUGACCAGAAUGUGGCUUUGACACCAAGUGCUGCCGUGCCUUUGGAAUUGGCUUCUAACGGAUUUGACCAGAAAUCAGUGAGUGAGAAUUUUUAUGAAUUGUUCAAUGGUAGGAAACUAGAACAUCACCCUCUGUUAGGUAGACAUGAACUUCUCUUGCACGAAGCCUUGCUCUUAGAGGAUGCUCAACAAGGCAAGAAAAAGCAUAGUAAUUUGUGCUUUGAGAGCUCAACAUGUUUAAUCUUACCAGUACAGAAGAACUACUUCUCUGUAGCUUGAGCUUCUGUCUAGAACUUGUCUUACAGGUAACCAACACUGAAAACUUUGUAGUAAUGACUACCAAAGAAAUAUGUAGUAAAACAACCUUUAUUUCCAAAUUAUUAAAGAGCCAGCCAUUGACGCUGCUACGUGAGUUCCAUGCUCAAGAGCCAUUGUAAGAAAUUAAGGGGUUUUUAAGUUUUGGGGCUUUGUUUUCUUUUUCAGUUUUUUUUUUUUCCUCUAAAAUUUUUUUUUUUUUUGAUAAGACAUUUGUUAGCAGAAAGUUAUGGGGAGCAUUUUCCAGAAUGCUCAGCAGUUGUGAUUAACUGCCAAGCCCAGUUUGCCUCUUGUGAGGCAAUGAAAGGAAUCCUGUGUUCAUGACAGCAUGGGUGCUGUGUGUGUGCACGUGUGCGUGUGUGCAGUCAUGCCUUAACUCGGGUUACUGCUCAACUUUCGUUCUUGACUUAGUCUGCACCGUCAUCUAGAUUGUAUCGUACAUCUCGAUCUGAACUUCAUCCUGGCAAAAACAAGGUUGCAGGCACAACAGGUUAAGAACGCAUUCCUCCGGAAGAGUUAUCUGGUCAGGUUGACCCUGAGUCGUAUUUGAACUUUAUUUGGAACUUAGCCUGGAAGAGACUGUCAGAUGGAAAGAUGUCCACAAGAAGAGGAGAGCCAAGUGCUAGCAUGCCUUUCGCCUCUGCAUACCCGUGCACACUGUAUGGUGUUCAUUAUAGGUUGUCUACAGCUUGACUAGGUUGGGGUUCUGGUAAUAGUGGCAAUCUUGACAUUCUUGGUCAGAGUUUAGAGAGAUGUAAGACUUGGAAUUAUUGUCUUAUUUACUUCUUUUAUGUUGAUUAGUCUUUGAUACAUGUGCUGAAUCAGAAACCUAAAUAAAGAUAAUUUUUUAAAUGUA